UCCACCACUCCACACGCUCUGACACAUGACAUGGUCUGGGACUCUUGCAAGAGAAGGGGGGCAAUGCAAAGACAUGGACUUUAGACGAAUGAGGCAUUAAAACAGCUCAACCUACUGGACUGGACAAACAAACAUUUGAGUUGACCCCAGAGCACUGAAAGUAUUGAAGUGGAUUUGUUCCAUCAUGGCAGUCCCAAAUGACAGCUCCAUUUUUAACUCCACCUUCUCUCCUUAUACGAGCAAAAACCUCAAGAACACUUCUGUUUGUGCAGACUGGCCCUUGGUGCCCAUGACCACCAUCAUCCCCUCUAUCUACAGCAUUAUCUGCUGUCUGGGCAUCAUUGCCAACACGCUGGCUGUGUGUGUAUUGGCGCACACCAACGCCUCGAGGAGAACUGUCGCCAAUACGUUCAUGCUGAACCUUUGCGUGUCGGACCUUCUGUUCCUGCUGUCUCUCCCGCUGUGGGCUGUUUACUACUCACAAGGCUACAACUGGCCCUUCGGACGAGUAGCGUGCAGGAUCUGCGGAGGUGUCCAUAAUCUCAACCUAUAUGCCUCCAUAUUCUUCAUCACUUGCAUGAGCAUGGACCGGUACCUUGCUCUGGUUCACCCGCUGCGCUCCCAGAGCGUUCGAGACCUGAAACGUGCCAAGCUCAUGUGCAUCCUAGUGUGGGUUCUGGCAUUUGCUUGCACGGCGCCAACUAUAGCACUGAGGGACACUCACUACAUCGAGGAGCUUGGCGUGCAGGCUUGUGUGAUUAUUUAUCCGGAUCCCACCUGGUAUCGGAGCCUCGCCUGGAUGAAAAUACUUCUUGGCUUUUUGCUGCCCAUGAUCAUUAUUUCGUGUUGUUACUGUGCAAUUGGAAGACACUUCUUGGCUAGUUCUGGCCUUGUAAUCCUGCGGAAACCGUCACACUCUGACAGUGCUUUUAAAUCCUCGGGGUCACAAGACAGCUGCAGUAAACCAGAGAGACCCCCGACCCCGUGUGUGAACCCCGGCCCCAGUGGAGGCAGACCUAUGGAGGGAAGAGGGCUGGAAAGGGUCUUAUGGACUGUGGCUGCAGUUGUUUUAGCCUUCUUCCUUUGCUGGUUCCCCUUCCACUGUGUGACUUUUAUAGACAUUCUGAAAAGCGACGGCUGGUUGGACAGUUGCUGGGCACAGUGGACCAUCCACAACCUCACCCCCCUCACCCUCUGCUUGGGCUUCUCUAAUUCUGCCAUCAACCCGGUGGUGUACUGCUUUAUUGGGAACCAUUUCCGAGGCAGACUGGGGACACUUAGUAAGGGUCUGUGUGUGCGUUUGAAGUCUCGUGAAGAGGAUCACAGUCAGAAGAGGGGCUCAUUCAGCACUCGUCUCAGUUCUUUCUCCCGAAAACUCAGUGACUUGAAAGAUCUGGCGAUUGCCGACGCCUCCGCGCAUGCUUAGUCGACCGCUGAGGUAACAUAACACUGGGCAAAAGUAUAAUAAUAGUGAUGAAAAAAAAAAAGGAACCUGAAGACUGCUUUUCAGACGCUAAUAUGAAAAACAAGAUUAAAAUCUUCCAAAACAAGUACAUUUUGCUGUUUUUCAAGAUGCAUGAAGUAGCAGAGUUGUUAGUGCGCAAUAACCAUCAAAUAUAUUUUUCCUACUUCGCACAUGUUCUGGGUGAGGGAAUCGAGGGUCACCAGACUUCCACGGAGCCCAUCAUGGCGCACGUUGAUGUGUUGAUAUUGAGCCCUUAGUCACAAUAUGAGUUCCCUGCACAUCCUUGAAAAUAAGAAAGUUGCAUUUGUGAUGAAGUAUUUAGCUCGGGUUGCUGUGCCUUUGGGUUUCCUCCAUGAUUGCACAAAGACGGUCCAGUUACAAAACCAAACAAAGAACCUGCAGAAUGUCAUAUUUGUAUAUCUAAUGUUGUAUUUCAGGGUUAAGCAAUAGACAUUAACUGUAUGUGCCACAUAUGUCAUUCAAAAAAAAAAACAUUAGUUUUCAAAAAGACCUGCAACAUUUUCGAAUUAUUUCAUUGUUUUAUGGAUCUUUCUUGUCACACAUAAACUACGUUUAUCACAUCCGGCUCACAGUCAAGAGUUUGUGUUCUAAACUCAAUUUAAGUCCUCCAGGGUGGAAUCUCUGUGCUUUUCUUGGUUUUCUCCUGGUACUCCAAAUACUUCCUUCAACAUUCCCUAUAUAUAAACGUACAUAUUACAUAUUUUGACCACUUGUACAAUCCAAUAGGAUGGGUAAAAUACAAAUCAGUCAAAAAAACAAACAAAAGUUAUACUGUUUAAAUGAUACAGGUAGUACCUGACCUCUUGCACAGUCCGAGAUCCAUUGCAUCCAAUAUUAUGUCAGAGUGGUAAUAAUUUAUCAAUAUGUUUAUCAGGUUGUUGAAAUGCACUUCUAAAUCAUAAGAGCACGGUCUAAUAAUAUGACUCUGGAUACCAUUUCCUAUCUAUUUCCAUAUACGUUGUAUCUGAUGUCAUCUUACAAGCUAUGAAAAAUGAGGUUAAAAUGUUUGGCUUUGGUUUGCUGUUCCUCAAAUUUACAUUCGCAGUCAGUUCAUACUGUUAUGAUGAAACAUGUUAUGUUUUAUAACGCUAGAUGCUGUCAAACAUCAAAUUAUUCAUCCUUCCCCAAGUUUUGGGUCUUUUGCGUGUCGCUAUAAAUGACUCCAAGAAGUGGCAACACUAUAGCAUUUUGUUGAAAGAUCAAUUAAAAAGAAGCUUUAAAAAAAUGCAUUGUGUUUUGACAAUUUCCAGGUCCAAGAUAAAGCACAUCUUUUCUCAUUACAGUUAUACUGUAUCUAUUGAUCUGCAAAGUAUAGGUGAUCGGGAAUUUUGUGAUCAUAGUUGAAGUU